CCAAAGGCUCAGUCAUGCCGGGACUCAGUUGUAGAUUCUAUCAACAUCGCUUCCCAGAGGUGGAAGAUGUGGUGAUGGUGAAUGUACGCUCCAUCGCUGAGAUGGGCGCCUACGUCAGCCUAUUAGAAUACAAUAACAUUGAGGGGAUGAUUCUGCUGAGCGAGUUGUCGCGUCGACGUAUCCGUUCCAUCAACAAACUCAUCCGCAUUGGCCGAAACGAAUGCGUGGUGGUAAUCCGAGUCGACAAAGAAAAAGGGUACAUUGACUUGUCGAAGAGAAGAGUGUCUCCAGAAGAGGCAAUAAAGUGUGAAGACAAGUUUACAAAAUCCAAAACUGUUUACAGCAUUCUCAGGCAUGUAGCUGAAGUGCUGGAGUACACAAAGGAUGAGCAACUGGAGAGCCUGUACCAGCGCACUGCCUGGGUUUUCGAUGAGAAAUACAAGCGGCCAGGAUACGGUGCCUAUGACGUCUUCAAACAAGCCGUGUCAGAUCCCUCCAUUCUGGAUGGGUUAGACCUUACAGAGGAGGAGAGGACCGUCCUGAUUGACAAUAUCAACAGGCGGCUCACACCACAGGCUGUCAAAAUCAGAGCAGACAUUGAGGUGGCAUGUUACGGAUACGAGGGUAUAGACGCCGUCAAAGAUGCCUUGAGGGCGGGACUUAAUUGCUCCACAGAAGCUAUGCCAAUCAAGAUUAACCUUAUUGCUCCACCACGGUAUGUCAUGACCACGACCACUCUGGAGCGCACAGAGGGUCUGUCAGUCCUUAACCAAGCCAUGGCUGCCAUCAAGGAGAAGAUAGAGGAGAAGAGGGGUGUCUUUAAUAUACAAAUGGAGCCCAAGGUCGUCACAGACACAGACGAGACGGAGCUGCAGCGACAGUUGGAGCGUUUGGAGAGAGAGAACGCUGAGGUGGAUGGUGAUGACGACGCUGAGGAGAUGGAGGCCAAGACUGAGGACUAGGGCGUCGUCCGACGGAGGCGAUGAAACAGUUUGCAGAGAGAAGGGAGUACUAAAAUAAAAGUGAUUAACUGAGUUGAGCUGUGGUCGCAAAAAAAAAAAAAGCCACAAUUAAACUUUCUAUUAAGUUUUGAAUAUCAUUAUGAAUUACCCAGGAUAAAAUGAUUCAAGUUUUUGUAAAUGCUGAUAUAUCACCACCAUAUAUCAUUUAACAUGCUUUUGAAAAACUGUACGGGACAGCCGGUGUGAUUUAUACAAGCUUCAGAAAUGGACACGUAUCCUUAUCAAAUAUGUUUCCUAUUGCAUUUUCAAAAGACUGAUUUUUUUAUCGUGCACCCCCAGACUUACAAUUCCUAAAGAUGAGGAAAAGAAUAUUUAAGUGCAGGCUUAAACACGAGUAUUUUUAAGAGUUGGUGAAUAAUACCCUUAUACUCAAAAGUGCUGAAUUUUUAAAAUGUUAUUUCCUUUUGAGACUGUGGCCUUUCACCUCCUUACUGGGAAGAGAAUUAGGAAUUUACUUCUGUGGAUGCUGGCUGAAAGAAAAAGGCUUGUUAACACGUGUGGAUUAUAUUAUCUCAGCUCUGGUUAAAGAAUGGUCUAAUUUUGCUCAGAAGAUAUGAAUAAAACCCUGGAUGUUUUGAGCCCAUGA